GCUAUAACCUGGAGGAGUCAGUCAGCUGGGUGUCUGCUGGUGGUUUAUCUGUAGUUUUGGCUCUAACAGGAAAUGCUGAGAUGAUUUUAGUUAAAGUGAUUGUGCUGCUGUUCCUCCUCGGGGACAUUACAGGUCAGUUUGGGACGCCGCUGAAUAAAUACAUCCGCCACUAUGAAGGUUUGUCCUACGACACAGAAGCUCUGCACAGCAGCCACCAGAGGGCCAAGAGGGCCGCCUCCCCUCAGGACAGCACGCUGCAGCUGGACUUCCACGCCCACGGCAGGUAUUUUAACCUGCGUAUGAAGAGAGACGUGUCUCUGUUCUCUCCUGACUUGGUGAUCGAAGUCUCAGGAGACGAGACGCCCUCAGACACGUCUCACAUCUACAGCGGAGAAAUCUACGGUCAGUCUCUCUUUUAUGUUCAGUCAUUUCCUCCUGAGCCUGAACAACAUCAGGAGAGUUUCUGUGAACUGUGGAACACCAGAACCAACAGCAGAACCAACAGCAGAACCAACAGCAGAACCAACAGCAGAACCAACACCAGAACCAAAACCAGAACUAACACCAGGACCAACACCAGGACCAACACCAGAACCAACAGCAGAACCAACAGCAGAACCAACAGCAGAACCAACAGCAGAACCAAAACCAGAACUAACACCAGGACCAACACCAGAACCAACACCAGAACCAACACCAGAACCAACACCAGGACCAACAGCAGAACCAACAGCAGAACCAACAGCAGAACCAACACCAGGACCAACAGCAGAACCAACAGCAGAACCAACACCAGAACCAACAGCAGAGCCAACAGCAGAACCAACAGCAGAACCAACAGCAGAACCAACACCAGAACCAACAGCAGAACCAACAGGCUUCAGAUUGAACAUAUCUCAGGAAGCUCUGGAGGAAUCUGUGAGAAGAGUAAACUUUAUUCUGACGGGAAGAGGAAGUCUCUGAACACGGGGAUCAUCACGGUGCAGAACUACGCCUCCCACGUCCCCCCGAAGGUUUCCCACAUCACCUUCGCUCACGAGGUCGGACACAACUUUGGCUCUCCUCACGACUCUGGGACUGAAUGCACCCCCGGGGAGUCGAAGGAGCAGGGCAAGAAGGAGCAGGGCAACUACAUCAUGUACGCCAGAGCAACUUCAGGAGACAAACUCAACAACAACAAGUUCUCCAUCUGCAGCAUCCGCAACAUCAGCGCCGUCCUCAACAAGAAGAGAGACGACUGCUUCGUUGAGUCUGGUCAGCCUAUCUGUGGUAACGGUCUGGUGGAGGAGGGGGAGCAGUGUGACUGUGGUUACAGCGAUCAGUGUAAUGAUCCCUGCUGCUACGACGCCAACAAGCCGGACGGGCAGAAAUGCAAACUGCAACCAGGAAAAACCUGCAGUCCCAGCCAGGGCCCGUGCUGUACAGCAGCGUGUUCCUUUAAAGGGACCAACGAGCGCUGCAGGGACGAGUCUGAAUGUGCUCAGGAGGGGAAAUGUAACGGAGGGACGGCUCAGUGUCCCACAUCAGAACCAAAGGCCAACUUCACCUCCUGCCACUCAGAGACACAAGUCUGCCUCAACGGGGUGUGUUCUGGUUCUAUCUGUGAGAAGUAUGGUCUGGAGGUCUGUACCUGUGCCAGUCAAGAAGGUCAGGACGAGGCUGCAGAGCUCUGCCACGUCUGCUGCAUGGACAAGAUGAAGCCGACCACCUGCAGCAGCACCGGUUCUGAUAAAUGGGUCCAGUUCUUCAACAGGAAGGUGACGACGCUGCAGCCCGGCUCGCCCUGCAACGACUUCAAGGGUUACUGCGACGUCUUCAUGAGGUGUCGGCUGGUGGACGCCGACGGCCCGCUGGCUCGCCUCAAGAAGGCCAUCUUCAACGCCGAGCUCUACGAGAACAUCGCUGAGUGGAUAGUGGCUCACUGGUGGGCCGUGCUGCUGAUGGGCGUGGCUCUCAUCAUGCUGAUGGCCGGAUUCAUUAAGAUCUGCAGCGUCCACACGCCCAGCAGCAACCCCAAGCUGCCCCCCCCCAAACCCCUGCCAGGAACCCUGAAGCGGCGGCAGCAGCGGCAGCAGCAGCAGCGCUCCACCCAGCAGGCUCCACCCAACCAGCGCCACUACCGGCAGCCCAGAGAGAGCUACCAGAUGGGCCAGAUGAGGCGCUGACCGCCUGCUCUCUGGUUCUACUAGUGCCUGUUCUCUGGUUCUACUAGUGCCUACAGUAGGAGAACCUCACUCCAAAGAGUCCUCUACCACACACUGCAACACUCUAACUGGACGAUUCCACUGGAAUAAAGCUCAGAAGGUUCCUCUGAGAACAACAGACUCACUCAGCACCGUCAGCUCUGAGACGAGCAGCUUCACAGCUUCUACAGGAGCCGAGACCAGGAGGAGGUUCUAACGCUUCUACUGGCUUUUAUUCUGUUUU